AGUCACAAAAGAGAAAGAUUUAGAAAAGAAAAACGUGGCAAGAUGGCGAAAACAUCUGAUGAUAAUUCGCAGGAUCAGAUCAUUGAGGGACUGGGAGAUUGCAACUUGGUCCCCGUUGAACAUAUGGAUUUGCUGAGUCAUCGGACGCGAUGCCGCAAAAUUGAGAUAUUUCAUUUUGAUGACGAGGUCAGUUUUACACCCAACGACACCGAUGUCGAGGAGGAGGAGGAUCAGGGGCUGAGCUUCGCUCAGUUCACUGAGGAUCACACAGACGAUGUGGAUCGUACAGUGCAGCUAGCUGGGGAUGUGGAUUGUCUGAUACGACGCAUCCAGCAAAUGCAGUUGAUCAUUAAGCAGCGCAAACAGGAUCAGCAACAACUUGACACGACUGAAGUAUCUACUGAACAGCAGGAGGAGGAGGAGGUCAUCAAGCAGCCACCAAUACCGCAACUAGGGAAAUUUCUGUUCCAGGAGUGUAUGGAGCAAACCCUGGAAGAGACAAAGCUAGAUAUACUCAAGCGCGAGCUAAAAGCAGAGAUGAAGCCGGACUCAAAGUUCAAUUCACUUAGUUGCGAUGAGCAGCUGGAGAUACGCGAUCUACGGCAUGCCCAUCAUCGCCUCCAGUGCGAGAUCGACGAGAUGGUAUGCAAUGCUUGCACGAUGCGCGAACUGCUGCUCAAGAUUAGGAACCAGGUUGGCCAGGACAAAAAACGUUUGCUCAAGCUGGCGGCUAUAGCCACCAAGCACCAUGAGUGGAGCAAUCUUAUUUACAAGGAGCUGCCCGUCUGCAAACAGCGCUACCAAUAUCUGCUCGAGAAAAAGCUAUCCAAAUCGGAAGCGCAUCGUCUGAUCCACGCUCACAUGGUCAAGGUGAUCCAUUACAACAAGAAGUUUCUUACCCGUCGAGAGUUGCGCUACGAGCUGCGCGAGUUCCACUUGGAGAUCGAUGAGCUCGAGAAGUAUGUCAAUGAUCUGCGCCAGGACAUGGUGCGACGCUUUAGCAGCAUUGAGAAUGAAACGUGAAACGUAAACACAGCCAGCUGACAUACAGAUCCAAAUAAAUAUAAUAUAUAUAUAAU